AUGGGUAGAGUGGCCACAGAAUUGGUCUUUGACCUGACUUACUAUCCAGUGAUUUUCCUGACCAUUUGCAUACAUGUAUAUCUGUACAAAAAAGUCUUUCCAUUGUUAUCUCCAAAGCUGUCAAAAUCGUACUCUACUCUCUCUGUAGCUGAUCAAAAGGAAUGGGAUUCCAGAAUGGUGUCGUCUCUCCAUGCUACAAUAGUCAGUGCGAUAUGUAUAUACAACCUGUUGUAUGAUGAGGAGGUCUACAAUGAUCCAAUAUGGAGUGACCGACCACUUAUAAGAAUAAAUUGUGCAAUUUUGACAGGAUUCGUUAUAGCAGAUACAGUGAUAAUGAUGAUAGAUUCACCACUCAAUUUGGAAGCAGUCAUGUAUUAUUUCCACCAUGGGUCUGCAGCAUAUGCAUAUUAUUAUGUUUUUAGUUACGGCGUUCUUUCUUACUUUGCCAACUUCAGAAUAAUGGCGGAAUUUUCAACUGUGUUUGUAAAUUUCAGAUGGUUUUUCGACAAAGUAAACUACGACAAAACUGGUACAUUAUUUAUAGUUAAUGGAUGUGUGAUGACCUUCACCUUUAUAUCUGCCCGGGUUUUAUCCAUGCCGAAGUACUGGUUCAUGGUCUAUACUUACAUUGGGUCUGAAGACUUUGCACUUUUAGGAAAAAUAGCAAAUGUGAUGAUACUGACAUGUUUUGUGUUAGACAUUCUAAACAUCAAGUGGAGUAUACGUAUGCUGAAAGGUGCUCACAAGGUAGUGCUGGCAAAAUUUGAUAAAAAUAAGAAUGAAGUGAGUGAAUCACAGAAAAAUGGGAAACAACUAUGA